UGUGCUCGAACCGCAAUUAUAUCGUUUAUACGAUAUCAGAUGUCAGUAAAUGGAUCUUUGCCGUCAGAAGCUGAAUCCAGUGUAACAAUAUUCACGUUAUCGAGAAUUGUUCAGUUAACGUGUUUCACACAAAGAAAAGAAUGGACUUCAGGCAUCUCUGCAGGAGAUUUUUAUUGUGAAAUUCGACAUCUUCGCUUCGAUACCAACGCUGCCAACAAAAGGAAUACUACAAUCAACAUCGGCCACGCGAUUCAUAUUGACUUUUGAAAGUGAAAAUCACUCGUGGCCUCAUGAGUUAGCUUCAGAGGAAAGAUGGUAUUUAUGGACGUUCCCGCCAUUCUCAUGCUGUUGGCUGUAAGUGCUCAGCUGUUGGGAACAACAGAUUCGGUUGAACGAUGUAAGCGGUACCCAAACCCAACGCACGGGCGCGUGGUUUGUGACAGCUUAUUUCGUUUGUUUUGUGCUCCCGAGUGCGAUGAUGGUUUUGUGUUUGAGUCAAAGCCUGCAGUGGUGUACAUGUGUGGACCUCUCACCGGAGAGUGGUUCACUUAUCCCGAAGGACAAACUAUCCCCUGGCCUAAUUGUCGGAGAAGAAAAAGCCUAGAAAGUACAACAACAAAAGAUCUAACGUCCCGCAGAGCGCAGAUUGCUGCGAAAAUUCAUCAGACCUAUCAAGCGAUUUUACCAAACAAUCAGCAAAUGCAACUUGUGCAGACUGGUCAACAAAACACCAGAUACAUUCAUCUAUUUGAUUACAUUCAGCGUGCCCAGCAGGUAUACAGUGAUAAACGAGCUCUUCCCACUCUGGGACUUAAAGCCCUAGAAGUACAAAAACAGCAGCAGCUAAAAGUACAACAGCAACAAAGACAAAAGCAGCUAGCACGAUUCGAACAGCUGAGCCAAAAACAGAAGGACAUGCAGCCACAGUUGUCGAGCAAACGAUUUUUUACGCCGAUGCAAGAAUUAAGAAACCGCUUGGAUCAAAGCUCUCCCCAAGAAAUGGUGGACAAACAACGCCAACAGCGAGAAGCGUUCGAGUUAUUGGAUACAAAUAAUUAUAACGUGCAAGGUAUGAGUGCGGAGAGAAUUUCUACGAAUCAAAAUUUACAAGGAAGUUUUCAACCGAGGGCUGUUCUUGGGUCCAAGACUAUGCCACCAAAACGUGGUACCUCGGUAAGCGUUCUUUAUCCAAAAACUCCUCAACAAUUUUACCCAAGACCCAGUAUUGACAGAAAAAUUCCGACAAGUUCCAAAGUCACUACCUUGGCAGCUUCAGAGCUAAACCAGCAGCAAAUCAAUCCAAUAUUGGAAACAUAUUCACCUAAGGGUCUUACCGAUACUACGCUGAUAUCAUCAGCGGUUGACAGAGAGGUUUUGGAUAAAAGUCGAGCGACAGCUACUGAAAUCAUGCCACGUUUGGCCUCAUGGCAAGCUGCCUUGUCUCCUCCAUCGCAACGGUCAGAAUUUCAAAAAGCAUCAAAAGCCUUAGACCAAAAUCUCAAACAUCUGACUUUGCAACCGCUUAAAGAUAAUCAGAGAAACGUUCAUUCACCAUUUUCCAACGAAAUCACAUCCCUUGGAGUUGACAUGAAACGUCUCAGCCAAUCACAAAACAGAAUUCAAGUGCAAGUGGAAAGCCCCGUAGCUGCUCCUCUUAGCAAUUCAGGAUUUAGCAAAGUAUCAUCAAUACGGAAUCAAAAUGUCCAAGACGUCAAUCUCCAGCCUGUUAAAGUAAACGGCGAUUCCUCCAUUAUUAAUGAAACAAAGUCUCUCGGAAUUAAUGCGAAUACUAUCAACCAAUCACAAGACAGAGUCCUGUCACUUACAAGAAGCCCAUCAUAUGCUUCCUCAAGGAAGGGAUCCAAUCUACAGUCUUUGCAAAAAACUGAGGGUCCACUCCAGCAGUUCUCAGUUAAACCAGCUACUUUAACUUUACAAGAAAAAAAUAGGAGCACGUUGGGUAUGCAAUUAAGACUUCCGUUAAACAUAACGUCACCAUUAGCAAAACAAGGAUACUUGAAGGAUGCAGUAAAAGGUCAUCCACAUGCAAAAUCCGCAAAAAAAGAAAAGUUGUUUUAUUUUCCAAUCAAAAGAGACACUUUAAUAAGUUUGUUACCUAUGCAUCUUCAAGCGAAAUUCAGAUCUCUUCGUGAUACCGGAAAUGAAAACUCAACGCAAAUAGUAUCCCUCAGCAAAAGUAGUGAAAACUCAACAGUAAAAAUGGAAGACAUAAAGUCGCCAAAUAUUUCACUAAAAAAUGGUUUCCAUAUUUCACAAUACAAAUACUCUGUUGAACAAAUCAAAACAGGAAAUGACAGUAUAACUGAAUAUUUUUAUUUACCCUCGAAAAUGACGGCAAAAAUAGCCAAAGCCUCUAGCGUCAACAGUUCCGUAAACGACCACUACUCCCUCAAGAAAGAUUCAGUUGGAUCAGAGGACGGGACCGACUAGCUGAUUCGUAACAAGAUAAAAAGAUACGUAUACCUCUAUUACAUCUACCUUUUCCCGCGCCAUGCGAACAAGGAAAAGGAUUAUAAUAAAUUUACUGAUGAAAUCAUCGUGUAUUCAUUGGCCUGGUAAUUUCUUGAUGAAGCAUGAGUCAGACAUACAAACUUUGAAUUGAAACACAGGAACCUGUUUUCAAGUAGCACAUCUGAUAUGACGAUAACAAUUACGGUAAUCAAAGAGGAACUGGAUCAAAUCGCUUAAAAUGUACUGACCAUUGGCUUUUUAAUGCAACUGCUCCAAUCUGGUGCAUAUCUAUCGCUAUCAAUGACCUCGGAAUUACCUUUUAAAAGACGUAACAUAAACUCCCUACUUAUUCAGAAACCUCUCUAUAUUUUGAGUACGUCGCUUUUGAAAAGCGACAUACGCGCUUUAUUGUGCAGCUUGAUUAGCCAGAGGCACGAACUCGCACAUCAGAACAUAUCAACUUCAGUCUUGGUGAAUUGGGAGUGGAUCACAUAAAAGUAAUAACUCAUAACCAGGGGAAGCUCCCCUUUCCAUCUUAUAUAUUUUUUAUAACCGAGGUAAUGCACCAUCCUACAGACCACUCUCAGCAUUGCAUACCAUUUGAGGAACCUAAGGAUAUGAUACGAAGGUUUGUUAAGAUCUUUCCAAUAAAUUUAAAUAGGUUCCGGCCUUCCGAGUCGCUUCCUUUAAAAAUUAGGCUUCAAGUGAUAUCUAAGAGGAUGCGUGUAUUUGCGAAGCAACCGCGGGAAAUCUUUGAUAAAUUGACGAUUUAAUUGUUGAACUUUGUUUAAAAUGAUGAAACUUUCAAACCUACUAAACGCUUGUAGCGGGUAUUUAUUAAUGCUUUCCUUAUUGCAAGUUUUCUUAAAAACGUUAGCGUCAACCUGCAACUAGCAAUCUCGAAGAAGUCACUGACAUACUCCUUCAUUUGCAUGAGCGCGUUUUCGAGAUUUGGAUGAGUUUGUUCUCAACCAUUGUCAAAUACAUCUCAUUAUGUCCUGAUUAAAUAAGCGAACUGCUGGUAUCUCCUGUUUACAUUAUCAGCCUUAAAAAGUCCUUUCCUGUUUUAUCUCUCAAAAAUAGUUAAGAAAAAGUAUAGUUUCUCUAUUUCAUAGGUGUCUUUUUCUCUUUCAGUUUUUACUGUUAAUCCAAACAACAUAAGAUAAUUUACAAGAUAAUUUACUUGCUAAAUUUACAAGUUUAUCUUUGACUCAGGAGGUGAUCAGUUCUCGGAAAAAAUAGCCACAGACAUCAUAGGAGUAAACUUUAUCUGAAUAAAAGUGAAUCAUGGCUAGUUGACAACUGUUCACCGAAUUAGCGGUGGCUAGUGGUGGAUAUUUACCGAGUCGCGAGGCGGUGAGGGAAAUAUCUACCGCUAACCACCGAUAGCAUAGACUAAAAAAGUGAGAUAAUAUAGCACAAAAUGAAGAUUUUACUUCAUUUAUUCUUGCAACCAUCACAAUAUUUUUCGGGUGCAAAUCCCGAGUGAGUUGCGUUGAAUAACAAGGGAUAUUCUGAGUUUGAGUGGUCAAUCUGAGCGCUUCUUCAGCGAUAUCCACUUUGUUUAGUACACACUUUUACAUGAUAUGGCUACAUGGAAGUAAAAACGGCAUGUGGCACAAUAGCAUACAGAUACUUGAGAUAGAAUACAGAUACAGAUGCUUGAAAUAAAAUAUCCUAUCAACUUGAAACAA